AUGGCUAUCGAUAUUCUGAAAGACGCCAAAAAAUUAAAAAGCUUUUAUGGCACCCUUAAAAUACAUCAGAUUAAGGGAAAGAUAUCACGCAGUCCUUUGGGUUUGCCACAAGGCACUGCCAAACUUAUAAUGAAGAGCUUAAGCUGCCCUUGUGAAGAAGAAUGCCAGCAUUUUAACCUAGGUGUUAUGAACUAUGAAGUGGCAAAACUUCACGUCGAGGAUUUCUACACAGACUCCGAUUCCGAAGACGAAAUCCCGCUAGCUCAAAUCCCACGGAAUAAUGACUGCAUUACACAGACUGUCCUUUUAAGACCGAUUGAAAAUACUAAGACUGAUCUUGAGAAUACUGCGGAGCCUAGUACAAGCGGCCUUCAGCAAACUUAUUAUAACAGUGGUGAUUAUGUUCUAGUUAAGUUUACUGUCGGGAACAGGGAAUAUCGUUAUGCUGCUGUUGUUAAUAAAGUAGAUGAUGAGGACGGCGAACUAACAGUGACUUUUCUGAAAAUUUGUGAUAACAAAGGUUACACGUUUAGAAUAGAUGAGAAUGAUAUGUUUGAUGUCGGUUUUGACCAAAUAUUGGAAAAGUUGCCUGUUCCGAACGUGACUGUUAAAGGAAGUAGAUUAUUUUAUAGUUUUCGAAAAUCAGUACAUGUCUUUGAGAAAUAA